AUGUAUCUGAACUGGAACCCGAGCUGCUUCGGCCGUCGUCAGGACCACCACUUCACGUGGCACGUUCCAGCCAUGAGCUGGAGUGGGACAUUUGCGCACAACCCACAGUACUCAAUAUGUUCAAGCACUGGUGACACGGUCUGGAUUCUUCUCAGUAGACAUUUUGCAGACGCCGAACUAAGCAUUGCGCGGAAUCAAAGGUCAGGGUCGCUAGCCUCCGUUGCUAGACGUCUUGGCUACACCAGCAUUUCGAUAUUCGACAAUGGAGGUAAACGAGUGCAGGAGAUCGGAGGAGCAUCAUACCGUGGCCCCUUUGUCGACUCCCCCCAGACCCUGGCCAAGUUUGCCCUUGAUGCAGGGAAAACGUACACUGUUGUCAUGGCGCACGAAGAGCUGCCCUUGAACGAGUAUUCUUGCACAUUCUCUUUCUUCUCGGCGACAAAUCUCAAGAUAGAACCGGCCGAAGAGGUUAUGCGUCACUAUCGAGAGCUGUCCAGCUCAUGGACGCGGAGGUCGGCGGGCGGAAACGCUUCUUCUCCUACUUACUCGGCAAACCCGCAGUUUAGCAUCACCGUGUCACGGUCAACGCCACUUUCGAUCCUGCUAACGACUGGUAGUCGUGAUAUCGCCGUCCACACAGACCUCGUGUGGUCAUCGGGCAAACGUGUAUCUUCAAUUGGGAGAAAGGAUGUUGUUGCAAGCUCUGGAGACUAUCGUUGCGGCAGCGCGCAUUCCCACGUUGCAAACCUCGAAGCCGGUACCUACGUCAUUGUCUGCUCAACUUUCGAGCCAGGACAACUGUCCGAUUUUGCGAUACGAAUCGGGACCAUGAUCGAAUGUGCCGUGCGUCCUGUUCCAGGGGACGGAGCAGGACUGCUAUGCACUCGGCUGCCGACACUCGAAUUUGCUGCAGGCGAAGAGCGCAAGCGAGCCAGCAUCACGGCGCCUCGCCUUACGAGAGCAUACGCGUCAGCCCGCUGCCCCGUGCUGUCGGACGAGAAUGGGCAACACAUUUCUCAUGCUGCCAUUCGCAUAGUAGUCAUGUAUGGCCGUGGGCCGAAUGCGUCUAUUCAUGCCAUUUCCUGCGAAGGGGAGUUUCGAGAUCCGACUACGGCCGUGAGGACGCCCGAAUUCGAUGUCGAGCCUGAUCGGGUCCGGCACGAGGGUUUGUGGAUUGUGAUAGAGCAGCUAGGAAGUCAUCGUGCAUGGAGUGGCAUCGAGGUUGAGAUUCUUGGCGAUAACCUCAUUCGCUACCGCCCGUGGGAGGAUCUGGAUUGACCGAGUAAUUAUUUGCAUUCGCCAAGUGCUCGUCUCACUGGUGCUUUCGAUUCGAGGUUCUUUAGCAACUGCGGGCCCCAUGAUUGU